AUGGAUGAGGUUCGCAAUGCAGCGCAGCCCCAGGCAGCUACAGACCCAAUCAUCCAGGCCAAGUUGGAUCUGCUAAGGCGAUUGGUAAGAAACCUGAGAGCUCAUAAGUUGACGGACAUUGAAAUGGAGAGGCAGAGUGGUUCCGCUUUUUUAGAACAUAGUAACCAGCUGCCCAUAGCUAUCAAAUUCAAGAUGCCAACAUGGAAGAUGUACACUGGACAGGAAGACCCAGUGCCCCAUGUUCACAACCUUGAACUACAAACUGAUCCCCAGGGGAUUCAGGAUGAUGCUAGGUGCAGGAUCUUCCAUGCAACUCUGUUUAAAAUCGCCCAGCAGUGGUUCUUCAAGCUGCAGCUAGGGUCAAUUACAACAUGUGAUGGAUUUGUAAGCAUAUUCUAUUCCCAAUUUUCUUCGGAAAUGUCGCUUAUGGCAGAGCCAAAUGACCUGCUCGACAUAAAACAAACAGAUAAUGAACCUUUAAAGGACUACAUUCAACGUUUUAUUGAGGAGGCCAUUAGGGUGAAAUCCUUGAGUGAUGAUGGUAAAUUGAUAGCCAUUAACUCAGGAAUCAAAGUAAAAAACCCAUUUUGGAGCAGCUUGAAGAGGAAGUCUGUGUGUACCACCCUGGAAUUCCUUGAUCGGGUAGAAGAAUUUAUUAAGCUUGAGGAAGCUGAAUGGAAGGUAGAUAAUCCAACUCAAGCUGCUACUGGGCAGGGAAAAACAGAUGCUGGGAGUACCACUAACACAGCAAGAGAAAAUAAAAAUGGGGCCAAAAACAACAAACGUCGUAACGGGGCUGGAAGCAGUAAUAUUCAGAAUGAUAGCAAGAAGCCUAAAACUACCGAGCAGCCCAAACCAGAAGAAUAUGUUCCUAAGUUUACUACUUACUCCAUCAUGUUGGAGCCCCGUGUAGAUGAUUUCAAUGCUACCCAAACGGUCAUACGGUAUAGAAGACUUCCACUAAUGAGGAAGGAUUUUAACAGACGGGAUACGACUAAAUUCUUUCAGUUUCACAAUGACUAUGGUCUUGAAACCAAUGAAUGUAACCACCUGAAGGAAGAGAAAUAUUUCCUCAUUAGGUAG